AUGUCCUCGUCCUCGUCGUCUACAGCGGCGCCCUCCCCCGCCAUUCAGUCCAUCCUCCCCCGUCUCGCUGCCGUUCGGGCUCACCUCGCUCCACCAAACCCUACAACAGCCCGCAACCUCGCAUCCGCCGCUCUCACCUCAUCCACUAAACCCACUUCCACAAUCAACAUGGCAAAGGACAAGGUCGCCAUCAUCGGCUCGGGCAACUGGGGCUCGGCCAUUGCCCGCAUUGCCGGCCAGAACGUCGUCAAGCACUCGGAUGUGUUCGAGUCGUCGCGCGUGCCGCUCUGGGUGUUUGAGGAGAUGAUUGACGGCAAGAAGCUCACCGACAUCAUCAACACCACCCACAUCAACGUCAAGUACCUCCCCGACAUUCCUCUCAGUGACAACGUCGUUGCCAUUCCCGACAUUGCCAAGGCCGUCGAGGGUGCCACUGCACUCGUCUUCGUCAUGCCCCACCAGUUCCUUGCCAAGGCGCUCGACGCUAUCGAGGGCCACGUCGCACCCGGGGCCAAGGCCAUCUCGCUCAUCAAGGGCGUCGACGUGCACGGAUCUGACAUCCACAUCUUCGCCGACGUCAUUGAGAAGCGUCUGGGCAUCUCGUGCUCGGCCCUCUCGGGCGCCAACAUUGCCUCCGAGGUCGCCCUCGAGCGCUUCUCCGAGACCACAGUCGGCUACCGCAAGGACAAGGAGGACGAGGGUCUGCUCUGGCAGAAGCUGUUCGAAACUCCCAAGUUCCGCGUCCAGCUCAUCGAGGACGUUGACGGCGUGUCGCUCUGCGGUGCGCUCAAGAACGUCGUCGCUGUCGCCGCGGGUCUCAGCGACGGUCUUGGCUACGGCAACAACACCAAGUCGGCCAUCAUGCGCAUCGGUCUUUUGGAAACCAAGAACUUCUGCCUCGAGUUCUUCAACGACGUCAAGCCCGAGACGUUCCUGCAGGAGUCGGCUGGUGUCGCCGACCUCAUCACCUCGUGCCUGGGUGGCCGUAACCGCAAGACGGCCGAGGCGUUCGUCACCACCGGCAAGCCGUUCGAUGUGCUCGAGCGCGAGAUGCUCGGUGGCCAGAAGCUGCAGGGUAUCCACACGGCCAUGGACGUCCACAACUUCCUCAAGGCCCGUAACCGUCUCGGCGCCUACCCGCUCUUCGACAAGGUCUACCACAUCUGCUGGGACGGCCUGGCGGCCGACACCCUCACCGACGGUCUUUAA